GACCAUUCACAAAAGUAAUGAAAUGAUGAAAACAAAAUUAAUCAACUGGUAUUUUGUUGUUAUUAUUAAAUCAUUUAAUUAUUGAAUCAAAAAGAAAAUGAUUAUUGGAUCAUAAUGAUACGAAGAAAAUUAUAUCUUCGAUUUAUUGGCAUAAUCGUUUGCGUAACUCUGUUAUGGAUAUAUGUACCAUCUUAUGUGUCAUUAAAUCAUCAACAACAUCGAAAACAUUCGGAACAAAAAUCAAAUUCAAGUGUAGAUGAUUUAUUUGAUUUUAAUCUUUUACGCGAUGUAAUCAAAUCAAAUGAUGAGCAACAUCUGGAUGAACAUAAAUUUAAUCCAUUAACGGAUGAUAAUUUAGUUAUCAUUGUUCAAGUUCAUAAACGUUUAAAAUAUCUACAAAAUUUAAUUGAUUCACUUUCAAAAGUGAAAUUCAUUGAAGAAACUUUGAUCAUAUUUAGCCAUGAUUUAAUGGAUGAAGAGAUAAAUAAUUCAAUCAGGAGAAUAGAUUUUGCCAAAAUCAAACAAAUUUUUUUUCCAUUUUCCACACAAAUCUGGCAUAAUACAUUUCCAGGUCAAUCUUUCAAUGACUGUCCUCGUGAUAUAGGAAAGAAAAAAGCAUUGGAAAUUAAUUGCGAUAAUGCCGAUCAACCGGAUAGUUAUGGACAUUAUCGCGAAUCAAAUGUUACUCAGACUAAACAUCAUUGGUGGUGGAAAUUAUGGUAUGUUAUGGAACAUUUACCACAAACAAAAAAACAUCAUGGAGAUUUUCUAUUCAUCGAAGAAGACCAUUAUGUCAGUCCAGAUUUAAUUCAUCGUUGGAAAUUGAUGAAAUUAUCACGAAAAGAUCUAAAAGAAUCCGAUACAGUGGUUGAUAUUUUGACUAUGGGCAAUUAUGAAUUUAAUGUACAAAAACCGAUAAAGAAUAUACAAGCUGAAAUGAAAAAAUUGAAUCUAACAAAUUGGUUUUCAAGUAAACACAAUAUGGCAUUCACCAUUGAUCGUGCACUUUGGUCUCGAAUCAAAUCAUGUCAAUUUGAGUUUUGUUCGUUUGAUGAUUACAAUUGGGAUUGGUCAUUGCAGCAUAUAAUCAAUGUCUGUUUGAAACAGAAACUUCGUACUCUAGUCACUGUCGUUCCAAGAGUAUUCCAUGCGGGAACUUGUGGCGGCCUGCACCAUAAAAAGAAACAAUGUGAUGAAAAUUCAGAGGCAAAUAAAUUGAAGAAAUUUUUUGAAAAAAAUCAUGAAUAUCAAUUUAUUGAUGAAGUUCGAAUUGAAAAACAUACCAGUGGAUAUAAACGGAUUAUAAAUAAUGGCGGAUGGAGUGAUCGACGAGAUCAUCAAUUAUGUCAGCAAUAUCAGCUACCAGUUUUACAGAUUUUUCAUCGAAAUCAAUAUUUCUAUAAAUUGUUGGAAAAUAAUUUGUACAAACUUGAUAAAAAAAAUGAUAAACUCUCAAGUGAUAAAUGAACUGCGAUCGGAAAAUUGACAGAAAAUUAUU